AUGUUUGGUUUGACCGAGGGCGGGAGCUCCGUGCUUGUCAGGGUGCACCAUUUCUAUCACUACUUCUACUUGCCCGUGACCGAUGGGAUUCAGCCUGAGGCCCUGGCUGAAGCCAUCAAUCGCCGAUUGUGGAAUGACAAGACAGUUCCGAGGGACAGGACUGUUGUGACGAAUGUUGAGAUUACUACAAAGCGCAGUAUCAUGUAUUUUAUUCCUGGCGACCCGGAGGUCAAGUUUUAUAAGAUCACACUUCUCAACCCAAGGCACACGAAGGAUGUCGCUAGAAUUCUGCAGCGAGGAGGUUUAUCGGUAAAGAAACCUAAUGAUGUAACUGCUAAGUUGCCUGAGCUGCCUACUUUUGAGAGCACAUUGGAUUACUUGUUGCGCUUUAUGAUUGAGGUUGGUCUCGUGGGAUGUUCGUGGCUCACCUUGCCGGCUGGAAAGUAUACUAUUACGGAGCAUAAGAAGUCUCUGUUGCAAGUGGAAAUAGAUGUCCAUGCGAACGACAUCAUCGCACACAACCCCGAAGGAAAAUGGCUGAGAACAGCCCCCUUACGUCGCUUGUCCUUUGACAUUGAAUGCGCCGGGCGAAAAGGGAUCUUCCCUGAACCGGAACAUGACAAAGUCAUUCAAAUCGCGAAUUACGUCUGGGAUCACGGCCACAAGAAACCAAUUGCACAGGUUGUGUUCACUCUUAAGAGCUGUGCGGCAAUUGUUGGGGCGGAUGUUGUUUCCUAUGAAAACGAGGAAGAGCUUUUGUCUGCAUGGGCACGAUUCGUCCGGCUUACGGACCCAGAUAUCCUCACAGGAUACAAUAUAGUCAACUUUGAUCUUCCGUACCUCCUCGAUCGCGCAGCGCAACUCAAAGUGGCUGAUUUUCCCCUCCUUGGUCGAAUGAUCGGCCAGCCAACGACCAUGAGAAAAACGAGGAUGAGCUCCUCUGCUUUCGGGACACAUGAAUCUCAUGCCUUUUCAAUGCAUGGCCGCGUUAUUUUUGACAUGCUUCAACUGAUCACAAGAGAAUACAAACUGAGAUCCUAUUCUUUGAAUUCUGUAUCUGCCGAGUUUCUAGGCCAGCAAAAAGAAGAUGUUCACUACAGUAUCAUUGGAGACCUCCAAAGAGGUGAUGAACAAACUCGACGGAGGCUUGCCGUUUACUGUCUAAAGGAUGCGCUGUUACCUGUGAGACUCAUGGACAAAUUGAUGUCACUGACUAACUACAUGGAAAUGGCUCGUGUCACUGGCAUUCCGUUGGGCUGGCUUGUCUCGAGAGGCCACAUGAUCAAAGUUGUAAGUUUGUUGCAUCGUAAGAGUCACCUUGUAGACCUUCUCAUUCCUGAUAUUAAGCGUUCGGGCCCUGAAGGGGGAGGUGGCGAUGGACCGCAGUUUGAAGGAGCUACCGUCAUUAAGCCAGAGAAGGGAUACUACAAGGACCCGAUCGCCACUCUUGAUUUUGCGUCCCUGUAUCCUUCAAUCAUUAUGGCUCACAACCUGUGCUACAGCACGCUUGUUCGACCAGUCCACCUAGCUCAUAUGAAGCCAGAGGACUUAUCGAAGAGCCCAUCUGGGGCAUCAUUUGUGAAGAGGUCAGUGAAGAAAGGCAUUCUGACGAAAAUAUUAGAAGAAUUAUUGGCUGCACGGAAGCAAGCUAAAAAAGACCUCAAAGCUGCGAAGGACCCUUUCCUACAGUCAGUUUUGAAUGGGAGACAGCUCGCUUUGAAGAUUUCCGCGAACGCUGUCUACGGUUUCACAGGUGCAUCUGUCGGAAAGCUGCCAUGUAUGGACAUUUCAGCUUCAACCACAGCUUACGGUCGCCAAAUGAUUGACAACACCAGGUUGGAAGUUGAAAAACGUUACAAGGGAGCGACUGUCAUUUAUGGUGAUACGGAUUCUGUAAUGAUUAAAUUUGGUAAUGGCAAGUCUUUGGAAGAAUGUAUGCGACUUGGUGAAGAAGCAGCGGAAGCAAUAUCGUCUAUCUUUCCAAAACCCGUCAAACUUGAGUUUGAAAAAUGUUACUAUCCGUACCUACUGAUAAGUAAGAAACGAUAUGCUGGACUGCUGUGGACAAAUACCGAAAAGUACGACAAGAUGGACUGCAAAGGAAUUGAAGCUGUAAGACGUGAUAAUUGCAGGCUUGUCGCAAAUGUCAUUUCUUCAGUUCUUGAGUUUCUUCUCAAGAAGAGGGAUCUUCAACAAGCAAUUUCUAUGGUGAAGAAGGUGAUAUCUGACUUGCUGCAAAAUAAGAUUGAUGUAUCUCUUCUUGUCGUAUCGAAGUCGUUGACAAAGACAGACUACGAGAACAAACAAGCUCACGUUGUUCUAGCCGAGAAACUGCGCAAGAGGGAUCCUGGAACUGCUCCAGCUAUCGGUGAUCGUGUCCCUUACGUUAUUACGAAGGGAAGGAAAAACGAACCUGCAUACUCACGAGCUGAGGAUCCGUUGUACGUUUUAGAGAGGAAUAUCCCCAUUGACAAUAAUUACUACCUCGAGAAUAUGCUUCGCAAGCCCCUGGAAAGAAUCUUUGAGCCUGUAAUGAAAAGUUCCGUGAACUCUUUGUUUGUUGGUGAGCAUACCCGCACGAUAUCCGUGGUAACACCGAAGAAAGGCGGAAUGGCGAAGUAUACAAAGGUGCGCCUUAAAUGUUUGGGGUGCAAAGCACCCAUCAACGAAGGCGCGCUGUGUGCUUACUGUGUACCUAAAGAAGCAGAGCACUACACAAAGAACUUGAACACCAUGGUCAAACUCGAAAAGGCUUAUUCCUCUUUGUGGACUGAAUGCCAGCGAUGUAUGGGCGACAUUUGUCAUGAUGUUCUGUGUAGCAACGGAGACUGCCCAAUAUUUUAUCGGCGGCGAAAAGCACAAAUUGAUCUCAAUGCUGCAAGCGAAAAGGUCUCGCGCUUUGGGCUUGACUGGUGA